AUGUCGACAGAAACAGCAGACCAGGCGCCCGCCGUCUCCGACCUCCCCUCCGGCGACCCGAUCAACCCUCCUCCUCCUGCUCCUCCGUCAACCGCGAGCUCGAAACCACGAGCUCCGAAGCUCCCCCUGAAGCUCCUCCUCGCCCUCUCCCCGACCAACGUCGACUCCUUCGUCGCCCACCUGACGCGCUGCUUCGCGACCCCCUCCGGCAUCGACGUCGUCCUCUGCUUCAUCUGCUACACCUCCCGCUUCUCCGCCUCGGCCCUCGACGCCCUCUACGCCUCCUCCCUCCGCCGCUCCGCCCGCCGCCUCGUCUCCCUCGCCCUCUCCCUCCCGCCCGACGCGACCAUCCUCCUCUCCACCGCGCCCCCGGCCUCCGCCGCCGCGACCCUCGCCUCCCGCGCCGCCGGCCACCUCCGCGCCCUCGCGACCCUCACCAGCGAGGCCCGCACCAUAAUGCGCCUCUGGGCCCUGCUGCCCAUGUACCUCUGGCUCCGCCGCCUCAUGACGGCCCCGAAGCCGACCCCCGAGGAGAAGGAGAAGCGGGACGCCAGCGGCGCCGCCUUCGACCGCGCCCUCUCGUGGUUCCAGGUCACCGCCUGCAUCCUGCUGCAGUCCCUCGAGAGCAGCUCCUACCUGGCCUCCAAGGGCGUGCUGCCCAUGACCCCCGCCCAGCAGGGCACGGCGGCGCGGUGGAGCGUGCGGUUCUGGUCGUGCUUCGUCGGGAGCGAGCUCGGCAGGCUGCUGGUCGAGUACCUGCGCAGGAGGAAGGCCCUGCAGCAGGGCGCGGUGGACGUCAAGAGCGCCGAGUACCGCGACUCGCUGGACGUGUGGACGCGCACCCUCAUGAGGCAGGCGUCGUGGUUCCCCCUCACGGUGCACUGGAGCAUGGACAAGGGCUUCGUGCCGGAGAUGGGGAUCGGGUUUCUCGGAAGCAUUCCCGGUAUCGUGCAGAUGCGGCAAUUAUGGAAAGAGACCGCGACCGCUUGA